AUGGCGGAGUAUCUGGCCUCCAUCUUCGGAACAGAGAAGGACAAAGUCAACUGUUCAUUUUAUUUCAAAAUUGGAGCUUGUCGUCAUGGAGACAGAUGUUCUCGGUUGCACAACAAACCAACAUUUAGCCAGGAAGCGAUGCUGUUGUAAGCUUGCCUGUAGUAGAGACCAACCAGUGCUAACUUUCAGACAACUUGAUUUUAAGAAGAACGGUACAAAUACCAUCUUGAUUCAAAACAUCUAUCGUAACCCCCAAAACAGUGCACAGACGGCUGACGGCUCACACUGUGCUGUGAGCGAUGUUGAGAUGCAGGAACAUUAUGAUGAAUUCUUUGAGGAGGUCUUCACAGAAAUGGAAGAAAAAUAUGGUGAAGUUGAGGAGAUGAACGUUUGUGAUAACCUUGGAGAUCAUCUAGUUGGAAAUGUAUAUGUAAAGUUUCGCCGUGAAGAAGAUGCGGAAAAGGCUGUGAUUGACCUGAACAAUCGCUGGUUUAAUGGACAGCCCAUUCAUGCUGAGCUUUCACCUGUGACUGACUUCAGAGAGGCCUGUUGCCGUCAAUAUGAAAUGGGAGAGUGUACACGAGGAGGUUUCUGCAACUUCAUGCAUUUGAAGCCCAUUUCUCGAGAGCUAAGACGCGAGUUGUAUGGGCGGCGUCGUAAAAAGCAUAGAUCCAGGUCGAGGUCCCGUGAACGUCGGUCUAGAUCCAGAGAUCGUGGUCGUGGAGGUGGUGGUGGAGGCGGAGGAGGACGUGAACGUGAUAGGAGGCGGUCAAGAGAUCGUGAAAGAUCUGGUCGAUUCUGAGCCAUGCCAUUUUUACUGUAUGUCUGCUAGAAAGUGUUGUAGUUUGACCAAACAAGUUCAUAAUGAGAUUUUUUUUAAAGAUGGGCUUCUGAAUAAAAAAUUUGUAGUGA